CGCGCAUGCGCAAUGUAAGCUUGGCUGUUCCGCGCGCGCUGGUGUACCGGUGUUGAUUGUUGUAUUUGUGAUAUUGUUCAGCUGUAAUAAAGUGUGUAUGGAGCUGGAAGGUGCUGCGUGUGAACCCGGGUUCGUCGGGAUCCGGUUCUGUCAGGAAUGUAACAACAUGCUGUAUCCAAAAGAGGACAAAGAGAACCGCAUCCUCCUCUAUGCUUGCAGGAACUGUGAUUAUCAGCAGGAAGCUGAUAACAGCUGCAUCUACGUGAACAAAAUCACACACGAAGUUGAUGAGCUCACACAGAUCAUUGCUGAUGUGUCUCAAGAUCCAACACUGCCCCGUACCGAAGAUCAUCCAUGCCCCAAAUGUGGCCACAAGGAGGCGGUGUUCUUCCAGUCACACAGCAUGAAGGCUGAGGAUGCGAUGAGGCUGUACUACGUGUGUACGGCUCCACACUGUGGACACAGAUGGACAGAGUGAGGGAGAAAUGGAGAGACUCACUCGUUUAAUUCAUCACUAAGGCUAAUGGGAUACAGUCGCUUCCGUAUAGAGUGACUCUUCUUUAGCUGAGCCAGAUCUGUGUGUGUGUGUGUGUGUGUUCAGAGGCCUGAGGUGCGUGUGUGUGUGUGUGUGUUUAAUAAUGGAUGCUUGUAGUGUUUUUCUUAUUAAAAUAUUUUUUAAAGA